GCAGCCUCCUCGACGGUGGUACGCAAAGCAGCGCUGUCAGCCGCCAUAUCGAUGCAUACCAAGGCGUCUGUUUCUGAAGGGCGGCGCAGCGCGUUGUCGAGCACGUAGGUGGCCUUGUCAUGCUCGGCCAAGUCGCUCGAAUCAGCCCACAUAAUGUGGAGUGGAGCAAUGACUGGUCUUACCGCAGCAGCGCUUGUGUGCGGCCCCCUCCUCGAUCACGCGAUGCUCAGACUUGAGCGAAAGUACAGGUCGCGCACAAAGCUGAUAUUUGCGGGUAUGGGUAUGCGUCCACGUUCCUGCAGACCUGCUUCGUCGUUGAUGGGCGCCCACCAGGAACGGGCUGAAUUGAACUUCGGACCUCGGUAUGUCAAUCAUACAUCUAAGUGCCGAAUACUGGCUGCGCAGCACGGGCGAUGAGCCGAGAGGAGCACAUGGAGGAAUAACGGUCGAGGCAAUCACGGGCUCAAAUUGAACCGACUGCGUAGCCGUGCGUAUCGAAGUGAUG